CCCCGGCACCGCCCCGCGCCGCUGCGCAUGCGUGGGGAGGGACCGGGGACGGGGAGGCGGGACUGGGAACGGCGGGAUCGGGAUCGGGAUCGGGAAUGGCAGUGUCGGGAACAGCGGGGUCGAGAUCGGGGAACAGCGGGAUCGGCAAUAGCGGCAUCGGGAAAGGCGGGACUGGGAAAGGCAGGGUCGGGGAGCAACGGGAUCGGGGAGCAACGGGAUCGGGAAAGGCGGGAUGCGGUGGAACGCGCAUGCGGGGUGGGGAAAGGCGGGAGAAGGGGAAGCAAGAGGGAUGCAGGGGAGGAAUGGGAGCGGAUUGGGGAAGGCGGGAGUGAGAUCGGGAGCAGAGAGCGGCAGGUGAAUGGUGCCUACAGGUGGAGGUGUGGUCGCACUGACAACCCGAAUGUUUCAGCUUCAUCUUCCUGCCCCAUCCACAUCUCGGCAAGGAUUUUAUGGAGGAGAUGUCACACAGAUAUAGAGAAUGAACCAGAACCAGCAGAAAAUUCAGUGAGGCAGACCAUGAGGGGCAGGCUCCCAGGUACAGCUAGGAAAAGGAGCGUUCCUUGGGCUGAGUUGGAGCCUGACUCUGAAAGAACAGCUCCAGGGAAAGUGAGCUUGCCACCCCAGGUCUGCCCAGAGCUUUCCUGGCUGAAGCUUACUUCACAUCAGCCCGUGCCACCGUGUGGCAAAGGACCACAGUGCACAGCUCCUCUCCCAGCUCCGAAGCACUUCUUGCAAGGUUCUGCCCUCUCUUUGUGUUCCUGGGAUGGCUGGGGCCAAGGGGCAGGGUGGGUUUCAUCUGCGAGGUUCCUGAGCUUCCUCUCAGCAGCUCCUGGGUCGCUUGGAAAUCCCACGGGUUCAGCGUGGUGGUGUUCUGCACUGUGAUGUUAUUCCAGCACACGAUGUGCUUUGGAGCCAGCUUUUCUGAGCAUUCCCUGAUUCCAGCGAAGCAGGUAACUGAAGAAUAACUGUGUGGGAAUAAUCCAUAAAGUGGGCUAUGAAACCUUUAAACUUUUGCCUUCAUUUUUUCUUCCAAAUUCCUCGGGGUCUUUUUUUCCCUUGCAUGAGCACCAGGUUUUGCAGCCUUCCAGUGCUUUAAGGGAGAGAAGGACUUUUUAUCUGGGCAGAUAGUGACAGGACAGGGGAUAAUGACUAAACUGUCAGAGGCAGAUUAGGUCAGAUAUAAAGAAGACAU